UCCUCCUCCUCCUCCUCCUCCUCCAUCAUCAUCUCCUCCCAUCAUCUCCUCCAUCUGCCAACACAGUCAUAAAGUCGGUGCAAACACAACGUUGUUGGGGAGGAGGAGAAGGAGUGAGUGAGUGGGGAAGAGAGACAGAGAGAGAGAGACAGAGAGAGAGAGACCUCACAGCCAAUGCACAUCCCCAGGAACUGCUCAGUACUUUUCUGAAAGUGAGCAGCGCCGCUCCCAUGGGCGAAGCGACCAUCAGAGGACACUCGAAGGCAUCCAAACGGCUCAAGAGCAUCCGCAGGAACUCCAUCAACCGCAGGAUCUAUGCUGCGGCUUACGAGGAACACGAGAACAGUAAUUCGGAAGAUGAUGAUCAGGAGGAUGGGAAAGCAGACUGUAAGGACCCAGAAGAAAUAUUUCAGAACAUUCAGAUGCAGAAAGAAAUGAUUUCCAACAUUCGCUGCCGACCCUGGCCAAUGAGACAGAAACUCAAGGCGCUCAGACAAGCCAAAGAAAUUGUGCUGAAGUAUGAAGGCAGGUUGACAAGGACAAGAGGCUAUCAAGCAGCAGGAGCAGAACUUUGGAGAAAAUUUGGGCGUCUGGCCUGCAAUAUAAUAGUGCUGUUCGUUCCAUGGGAAAUGAGAAUAAAGAAAAUAGAAAGUCAUUUUGGCUCUGGAGUUGCUUCAUAUUUUAUCUUUUUGAGGUGGAUCUUUGGAAUCAACAUAGUUCUUACCAUAAUGACAGGAGCAUUUGUUAUAUUACCAGAGCUUUUAGCAGGUGCUACGUUUGGAAGUAUUCCCAGCAAGACUAUUCCGCCCGAGCACAUAGAAUCUGCACAAGACCUGGACACCAUCUGGUCACUUGGGGGCUACCUCCAGUAUUCUGUUUUGUUUUAUGGAUAUUAUGGAAACAAGAGGAAGAUUGGACGUGCAGGCUAUCGCUUGCCAUUGGCUUAUUUCCUGGUUGGAAUAGCAGUGUUUGCCUACAGCUUCAUUAUUCUUCUACGAAAAAUGGCAAAGAACUCUCGGCUAAGCAUGGCCAGUGCAUCUGACGAGAACUACACUUUUUGCUGGAAGGUGUUCUGCGCCUGGGAUUAUUUAAUUGGCAAUCCUGAAGCUGCGGAGAGUAAAACAGCCGCAGUAAUCAACAAUAUUCGAGAAGCGAUCUUAGAAGAGCAAGUGAAGAAAAAAGAAAAAAGCUUGGCAGUGUUAAUAAGUUUAAGGAUUCUUGCCAAUAUUCUCGUGCUUCUUUCACUCGCUGGGAGUAUUUAUAUCAUUUACUUUGUCGUGGAUCGCUCACAAGAGUUGGAACGCACUAAGAUUGAGUUGUCACUGUGGGAAAAAAACGAGGUGAGUGUCGUGGUAUCACUCAUCACCAUGAUCGCUCCCUCUGUUUUUGAACUUGUGUCUCAACUUGAGAUGUUGCAUCCCAGAACCACACUGCGCUUCCAACUGGGCAGGGUUCUGGUGUUGUACUUGGGCAACCUGUACAGUUUAAUCAUUGCUCUACUGGAUAAAGUGAACAGCAUGAGCAUUCCUGAUAAUUCUACUGAUGUGGGCACUUCCUUUUUGGCAACGAGAGCUCUCCCUGAGAUAGAAAACUUCUCUACAGCUGUACCCGAGAUAGGAUUCAAUCACAACAUCACGUUCAUCCUGGAAGAAGACCAAGAAACACCCAUCAUCAUGUCUAACAUGACGGCCUCAUUUGAUUACAACACACUGACCCAGCAAAAUCAAUGUUGGGAAACGUAUGUUGGGCAGGAGAUGCUGAAACUGUCCAUUAUUGACAUGAUCUUCACCGUCGCAAGCAUCCUGCUCAUAGAUUUUUUCCGUGGCCUUUUUGUACGAUAUUUAAGUGACUGUUGGUGCUGGGAUCUGGAGACUAAAUUUCCCGAGUAUGGAGAAUUCAAAAUCGCCGAGAAUGUUUUGCAUUUAAUAUAUAAUCAAGGAAUGAUAUGGAUGGGUGCUUUCUUUUCCCCGUGCCUUCCAGCGUGCAAUGUUCUCAAACUGAUUGGACUCAUGUACUUAAGGAGCUGGGCAGUUUUGACCUGCAAUGUUCCACAUCAACAGGUGUUCAGAGCUUCCAGGUCCAACAAUUUCUAUCUUGCCAUGACCCUGUUUAUGUUGUUCUUGUGCAUGUUACCAACAGUCUUUGCCAUUGCAAGAUACAGACCAUCUCCCAAUUGUGGUCCUUUCAGCGGCCAAGAUAGAAUAUAUGACAUUCUGUCUGAAACUAUAGUGAAUGAUUUUCCCGUCUGGUUCAACACCGUAAUGGGUUAUGUCACCAGCCCUGUAGUCGUUCUUCCUGCUUUGCUCCUUCUUUUUAUGCUGAUAUAUUAUCUUCAGUCAAUUGCCCGCUCGUUAAAAUUUACGAAUGGUCAGCUCAGGAUGCAGCUCCAAGUUGAAAGAACUGAGGAUAAGAAGAAAGUGUUACAGAUGGCAGUCGCACGAUUUCAACAUUUGGAGGACGGAGACAAAACAAAUGAACAAGAGAGUGAUAUCACUAGCCAGGGGGAGUCAUCAAUUCGCUCAUCACCUCGAAGGAAUGGAAGUGUCACAAACUUUGACUCCCCAGCCCGAGUCAGCCGGGGAAACAGCAUUACCAGUAUCUCACAACACGUACCACAUGCUGUAGUUACAAGACCUGCUAACAUACCCUCAAACCCGCCAGCAGCUACUGCACCAAAACACAGGAUCGAGCACAUUUCCCAAAGGCAUCCUGGGAUUUUGCAAGCUGCUUCAAGCGGUCUGUACAAAGCCAAGGCACCGUACAGCCAGGCAGCUAAAUUCCCCGAAGAUAUCCGAAUUGAUCCCGAGUUCAGAAAAGGUGCUAGGCCGUUUCACUGCUCAUCGGCAGAGGUAGCCCCUCUCUCGUUUGUGGGCCGCAGAGCCCACUCCACGAGAUACGUAGUGGUGAACGAGCACGCAUCGCGAAAACGACUCCUACGAUCCGCCGUCAGAAUCCCGAAGCACUACAAGGUGGACGAGGGGGCAGAGAUUGUGGAAAUGUUACCGAGGCAUCUGAAGAGGUACACCGUUCAUGGAGCGCACAGGCCGGUCUUCCAGCUGCAUUUGAGUGAGGAAGAGGAGGAUGAGGAUGAAAUGGAGCAAGAAUCGUUUAGCAAGGGUCGCCCUCACUCACUGUCAGAUCUCCAGCAGCCAGCCCGCUUCUAUAUCGGCGACAGCACAGAUGGUCGAAUAUUAAUCGGAAAGGACCUGACCAAGAUUCGCUAUGAGUUAUACAAUGAAAACUGCGACUUGGAAUGGGAUCAGCCUGAUCCUGCCACCUCCUAUACUCGUAGGAACAGCAAAAGCAUGGGAUGUAUCAACCAAGUUGCGGGACCUCAUGUGAAAUGGAAAACGAAACACAAAGCAGACCAGUCAUUAAACCAGUCGACAGAAUCAGACUCUGUUUCACUCGAGUCCAGCAGUGAUCAGCAAAACAGCAGCACUGACCAGUACAUCCAGAUCAUCCACAACAAGGAGAAGUGCUUCAACCCUUCCAGUGAGAAGCUGAGUAGAGCCAAAUCUAAAACAAGCAUUCAGCUUAAUGUCACAGAGCCCAAUGAUCUGAUAUGUUCAAAUGUGUAGGUAGGAAUGGAAUUCUUCUUUCCCCCUUACUACUUUGAUAGUUGGGGGAGAAUAAGUCCUACAGGUUUAAAUUGGGCACAUUGUUGUACCUUCAUAUGCACAUUUUGAUCAUAGAAGUAGCUAUUAAUCAGAGUUCUCUCAUCUGCGAUUGUCGGACUAUCGUGACAUUGACUUGUUUGUCUCCAUUGCUUUCAAAGCCUCAGCAUUGACUCCUUGUCAACAUCACUUUUAUAAUAAAGACUGCCAAGUGUGCUUCAAAGUUCUCAAAGAAAACAAAACAGGACAUGGUGCUGGUGUUUCAUUGACUGUCAAAGUAAAGCUAUUUCGUAAUUGGUUUAUCCUGAUAUAGGUACAGAAACUGCAUGUUAUAUUUUACUACACUGAACACUAGUAUUUUAAUUGAUGUGAUCUGCCAUUGGAGGUUAUGAUAAAUGAUAGGUAAGUGGAUGGAAAGUGCUAAUGAUCAAGUUAACUAUAAGAUUUCUUU